AUGUCCAAGACGAAGACCAAACGCGCACGCCGCGAACUCAAACGAGACGGGGACCGCAAAAUCGCCGCACACCACCGCAAAGUCGCCAAAGCUGCCGAAACGGCCGCCACCGCCGCCAAACCUUCCUCCAAGCCCAGUUCCGCAAAGAAGCAAAAGACGGGCGCAAGCAGCGCAGAAUCAAAACAAGACGCAGCCGGCAUAGUAACGAAGCCGCCUGUUCAGGCAUCGCAGAAACACGCCGUACCCUUUGGGCCAUACCAGCACAUUCUCCUCGUGGGCGAAGGCGACUUCAGUUUCACGAGAAGCUUGGUGGUUGAGCAUGGGUGUGCCAAUGUAGUAGCUACGAGCUUCGACACGGAAGAAGAAGUACGGGAAAAAUAUCCAUCGUUUGAAGGAAUCGCGCGGGAAUUGAGCAGCCUGACACCCCCGGUUCCCAUUUACCAUGGCAUCGACGCCACAAAACUCAACUCCUACAAGACACUGCGCUGCCAACGCGAUAGCGACGACGACGCCGAUCCCGACGAUGCGGAUAUUGCUGUAGACGGCGAGAGGACAGGGGGAGCGGGCAAGAGGGCAGAAGGCUGGGAUAUCAUAUGUUUUCAAUUCCCCCACACGGGCGGACUCAGCACCAAUGUCAACCGCCAAGUCCGCAGCAACCAAGCCCUGCUCGUCGCCUUCUUCAAAGCCUGCCUCGAUUGCUCGACGCCCAAGAAACGCCUGCAGCUCCUCCAGGCACAGGCCAACCCCGCCCUCCCCCGUCCCCGCCCCUUUUUACGCAUGGGUGGUAAAAUCAUCGUCACCCUCUUCGAAGGCGAACCCUACACGCUCUGGAAUAUUCGCGAUCUGGCACGCCAUGCGGGGCUCAAGGUGGUCGAGAGCUGGAAGUUUGACGCCAGUCAGUAUCCCGGGUACACGCAUAUGAGGACGCUGGGGGCGAUUGAGGGAGGGGGUGGGUGGAGGGGUGAGGAUAGGGAUGCGAGAAUGUAUGUGUUUGAGAAGAUUCCGUUGGUGGCGGAUGAGGACGAGGAGAAGGAGAUGCAGAAGAUGGCGAGGAAUGCGCGGGGUGGACCGUUGCCUUCACAAAAGCUGGCGGCGAAGAGGGCGAGAGAGGAGGACGAGGACGAGGAAACUUGA